CGGGUUCCGGGGCUCGGGGUUCCGCUGAGCUCCGCCGCUCGGUCCUCCGCCCGCGCCUCCGUCCGCGCUCCCGCCGCCGCCGCCGCCGCCAGCAUGAUGUGCGGGGCGCCCAGCGCUUCGCAGCCCGCCACGGCCGACACCCAGGCCAUCGCCGACCAGGUGAAGGCCCAGCUGGAAGAGCGGGAAAAUAAGAAGUACACUACUUUUAAGGCCGUGACAUUCAGGAGCCAGGUGGUCGCGGGGACAAACUACUUCAUCAAGGUCCAAGUUGACGAUGACGAAUUUGUGCACCUUCGAGUAUUUCAGAGUCUCCCGCAUGAGAACAAGCCCUUGGCCUUGUCCAGCUAUCAGACCAACAAAGCCAAGCACGACGAGCUGGCGUACUUCUAGUUCCGCUCUGAGCGGGCCCGUCCACGUGGUUCCGUGUGGUUCCGUCCUCUCUGGGCGUGUCUGGGAUCAAAAGCCAAUGCUGAAAAAAAAAAAAAAAAAAAAAAAAAAGCCAAUGCUGUUGCUUUGCAGGGCCACUUAGGGAGAGGCUGUCCUGCACCUGUCUUGGUCCCUGCUCCUAACUCCCGUGGGCGAGACAAAGUCAGCACAGUCACUGACCUUCAUUACGUUCAUCGAGGGCUUAUAGUCUCUUUAAAUACAUAUUUGUAGAUCUUUGCGAAUUUC